AUGGGUUGGAAGCGGGAGAAAGAGGAGCCCUCGAGGCGGGGCUUCGGCGAUCUUGUGAACCCUAACCCUGAUCCUAACUCUCGAUUCGCGGCGGGCGAGGAGCGGUGCUCGACGCAGAUGGUGGUGCGAUCGACCUGCCGAACCGAAGAGGUCCAGCCCGGUAGGUUCGUCCGCAAGUGCGAGAAGACCGAACAAACCCUCAAGGAUUGCGUUGGAAGACCUGUCGAAUUAGUUGAAUCAAAAACCGAGCACACCGAAGAUGAUGUUACUGAUGAAGUGACCGGAGGAUUGUUUCCUUCUAACUCGCCAACAAUGGAGCCCUUUAAUUUUCCUGGGCUUCACAGUGACAUUGAAGGUAUUGAAGGGAGAUUGUUUGGUGGUUUUGGUAAUUUCUUGGAGGCAGCUGACGGGAUGGCAAAUGAGUUCUUCAAAUCUUUUGGAGACCCUUGUUGGCAUAAGCAUGAGUCGUUGCCUUUUCGUCAAUGGGAAACCGCCGAUGGGCAACCGAAGAAGGAUCCUUGGAAGAGAAGAACAAGGGAGUCAGAUUCUUCUGAAUCCGCUGGGCAGAUGACAGAUGUAUAA